GAGGACACCAUGCUGCAGCUCGGAGAUGAAGUCACCUUGUACUCGGUGGUCUUCGUGCUGGUCCUACUGGGGACCCGCAGCCCGGUGUGGACCACCGCCCUCACCGUCUCCCUCUACCUCUUUGUGGCCAUGUUCCGGUUCCCCCAGGUACCGAGUAGCCGAGUCAGGCAGGUGCUGCACCCGCUCAGGGGCACGGUGGGCUCCGGCCGGGUGUCGGUGGUCGCUCACCGGGGCGGAGGGCACGACGCUCCAGAGAACACGAUAGUCGCCAUACGAGAGGCCAGUAAAAAUGGGGCGACAGGUGUGGAGUUGGACCUGGAGUUCUCAGCCGACGGCGUCCCGAUACUGAUGCACGAUGAGACUGUGGACCGGACCACCAAUGGGUCGGGACCCCUCUGCCAGAUGAGACUGUCAGAGCUGGGUAAUCUGGACGCAGCUGCUAAACACAGACUCAGCGAAACAUUUACUGGGGAGAAGAUCCCGACUCUGGAGGAGGCGGUGGAGGAGUGCAUCAAACUGCAGCUCACCAUCUACUUUGACGUUAAAGGUCACCCAGAUGAGGCAGCUGCAGCCCUGAAAGAAGUGUAUAAAAAACACCCAGUCCUCUACAACAGCAGCAUUGUCUGCUCCUUCGAGCCCAAAGUCAUCUACAGGGUAAGAGGCUCUUUGAAGAUUGUUUGAACUGGGUGUUCCUAGUUAGUGUACUUCAUCUGAAAUACAUCAGAGUUGUGGAAUAAAAUGGGAUUGUCAAUAAACAACUGUACUUUUUUGAAUAAGAUAGUAAAAAGCAUGCAUACGUUGCUGCGAACACAACCAAAUAUAAUGGUUUGUUCUGGUCAGAUUCCUCCAGCAAACACAACAUUUGAGCAGUUCUCAAGCACUUUGAUCUAAAGCUACAUUUCACUGUUUUUUAUGAUUCAAUAUGUAGCCUGAACACUGGGUGAAAAUAAACUUGCACCUCAGGUGACACCGAUAAAAAGGAGUCUGCAUGUUACCAUAUUUCUAGAAACAUAAUUUAACUGGAACAAUAUAAAUACACUUUUUUAUUUUGUCAUGUUGCUUAAUG